CAGAUCUUAACCGCUCUUUUCGUAGAAAAUUAAAAAUACAUUAACGUCUUGAAAGUUUAUUAACUAUUUUUAAAUACAAUUCUGGUAUUUCAAACAUUUUACGAGGGCAAAAACAGAAGCUAUAAAACAGUUAUAUUAAGUAUAUAGUAAUUAAUAAUUCAUUGUAAUAAUAUCAAUUUAUACAUUUCGUUGAAAAGCGCAUCUCUUAAAUUACUUAGUUUUGUAUCAUAUUUUAUAAACGGAAUGAGAUCUCUAAACUUUUUCUGCAUAGUCCUGUAUAUGAGCUAGAAAUUAUUAUAAUGUUAAAGAAAAUACCAAUAGUUUAUAAUGCGUCUAGAUCACAACAUGUAUUUCUAUGAAAUAAUAACUAGACGAGCAAAAAUAUCUUAUCUGUCUAAAUGUAAACUUUUUAUCUAAUAGGUACAUUAAUCAUAUUAUAUACUUAUGCAAUUUAUAUCUUAAUACCAGUGUUACUUCGACCCUCGAAGCGUGUAGUAAUGUGGAGAUAUUUGAUUACUUUAUUUUUCACGGCCGUUUCAAUAAGUCAUGGCCUUGAAUCGCGUAUUGUGGAUACUGAGCAGGGUCCUGUGAAAGGAUACAGGGAUUCUGAUUCUGGGAUUUUUGCAUUCUAUAGCAUCCCGUACGCGAAAGCUCCUACUGGCAGGCAGAGAUUUAAGGCACCAUUACCUGCGAUAGCCCGGGCAGGCAUAUUUGAGGCAAUAGAUAAAGGUAUAAUAUGCCCUCAAGUAGAUAUCAUCUCUGUAUUGCCGAUGUUUCAGCGACCUCUCUUAAUAACAGAAGAUUGUUUGAUAGCUAAUAUAUUUGUACCAGACACAACGAAGGAGAAUCUUCCAGUCAUUGUUUACGUUCACGGAGGAGCUUAUAUAAUGGGUUUUGGAAAUUUUAUCGCUCAUAAGAAUUUGGUCAAAAACAAAGAAGUAAUUGUGGUCAACUUUAACUAUCGUCUUGGAGCUCACGGAUUUUUGUGCAUGGGAACAGAAGAUGUCCCUGGAAAUGCUGGUAUGAAAGACCAAGUAGCUUUGUUGCGUUGGGUUCAGAAAAAUAUAAAGAAUUUUGGAGGUAAUCCUGACGAUGUAACGAUUGCUGGCUACAGCGCUGGUUCUUCGUCCGUUGAUUUACUCAUGUUGUCAAAAAUGACUAAAGGAUUAUUUACGAAAGUUAUUCCGGAAAGUGGAGCUAAUACGGCCCCUUGGAGUGUUCAAACAGAUCCCAUUGCCGUUGCUAAAGAUUACGCCAGGUCCCUCAAUUUUGCAAACGUUGAUGACUUUUAUGCUCUUGAAGAAUUUUACAAAACUAUUUCAUAUGAAAUAUUGUCAUCAAAAAUAACUUUUGACCGAACAGAUUCGACAUUUUUGUUCAGUCCAUGUGUUGAAAGAGAUACAGAUGGAGAAGAAUUUCUUGUUGAUUCUCCCGUAAAUAUUCUAAAAAAUGGUAACUAUGUGAAGUUACCAAUGCUCUAUGGAUUUGCAAACAUGGAAGGCUUAUUACGUGAAGUUUCAUUCACGGAGUGGAAAGAAAAAAUGAACAAUGACUUUGGUGAUUUCUUGCCACCAGAUCUACAAUUUGAAAAUGUAGAGGACAAGAAUAAUGUGAUAAAUAAAAUAAAGAAAUUUUAUUUCGGGGAUGGUCAAGUUAAUGAUGAUAAAGUUUUGAGUUAUAUAGACUUUUUUUCUGACUUACUUUUUACGUACAGUACAUUGAGGUCUGUGAAGUUUCACGUUGAGGCCGGUAAUGAUAGAAUAUACCUGUAUGAAUAUACUUUUGUCGACGACGAUACACCUGUUAUUUCUCACACGAACGUCCGUGGCGCUACACAUUGUGCGCAGUCAGCGGACAUAGGUGAUGGCAACUUUACUCAUUCUAAUGAAAAUGUCAUGACUAAAGAACAUAGAGAAAUGAAAAAUUUACUUCGCGAUCUGUGGUAUAACUUUGCAACAACUGGAAAGCCUGUUCCUGAAGGGUCACACUUACCAGCUUGGCCGCCGGUCGGCAAGGACUGGUCUCCCCACAUGAUUCUUAACAACCCUAUGAAGCUCGGAGGAUCCUUGUUGAAAGAGAGAACACAGUUUUGGGAAGAGAUUUAUGACAAACAUUACCGUCAACCAUCACCUCCGCCAACACCACCUCAACGGCGUACUGAGCUUUAAAAAUGCUGUAAAAAUUGUGAUUCCUCGUGAUAUAAUAUAUAAUAUCUAUCAUGAAUUUCUAAAUUAUAAAAACGAUGAAUUUUGAACCCUUAUAAUUAACAAA